AUGGGAGUGCAAGGCCUUUGGGAUGUCCUCAGCAAGGCCAGACAGUCGCGGUCGCUGGCGCAUCUCGCGGUUAUAGACGGCUUCGAGACGAACACAUCCGGACGUAGAGCCUACCGCGUUGGAAUUGAUGCAAGUAUAUGGUAUCAGCACGCCAUGCACAUACCCAAGAAGGGCGCGAACCCUGAGCUCCGGUUGCUAUUCUUUCGACUGCUCAAACUGGCCGAACUACCAUUCAUCCCACUCUUUGUAUUCGACGGCCGCGAGAGACCUCAGAUGAAGCGCGGAAGCAAGAAAGGAAAGAGUGGAUCUCAUGCGCUGACGAGCGAGUUCAAGAAACUUUUGGACGUCUUUGGGAUGGAGUGGCGAAUGGCGUUAGGAGAAGCUGAAGCUGAACUCGCCUACCUCAACCGAGUCAGCGUUAUAGACGCAGUGCUCACGGAUGACGUGGAUACCCUCAUUUUCGGUGCGAAGACAAUCAUGCGCAAUGCUAGUCUGAAUCUCACCGGGAAUCGAGCCAAUCCUGCGACCAACGCGAACGGGAAACGCAGCGAAUACCACGUCAUGACAUUCUCCUCUGAGUCCAUACGGACACAUCCGGAUAUACAAAUGUCAAGAGGUGGUCUUAUUCUCUUUGCGCUCGUGUCAGGUGGCGAUUAUGACAAUGGGCUCAAGAACUUCGGUCCCCAGAUAGCCCAUUGCCUCGCACGAUUGGGCUUCGGCGAUCAGCUUCUCAGACAGUACGAGCAAUGUCAAGGCCAGGGCAUGGAGGCCUUCCUCACGCGAUGGCGGGCGGACAUGAACACAGAGCUACACACAAACGCCCACAACUUGCUUCGCUCCAAAAUGCCUGCACUGAGCGUCCCACCAACGUUCCCGGACAUGAACGUCUUGCGGUACUACAUAAAUCCGGUCUGCAGCGUGAGCGCUGGACGGCAGGGAGGCGGGAAUCUCAGAGACAGCGGCGAGCUGAGCAUCCCAAGGAUCGCCACUUUCUGCGAGGACCAUUUCGACGAAUGGGGAUACCGCUCCGCAAUCAUCAAGCGCUUCCGCGACAUCAUGUGGAAUGCGGCUGUUAUGCGAGUCCUCAGGCGCGCUGCGCUUGAAGCGGACGAAAAGGAAGCGACGAAACGUAUCGCUGCAGGGCGGACGGAUACGACUAUUCGCGGACCAUUGGAACCACCUGUCGCGGAAGAGGUGGGCACGACAGCGUGCCUCAUCAAGAAGUACUUGUGCCCUACCGAGGUAGACAGGCGAGCGGCCGCGUUUGUUCGGCGAGACGACCCGCCUCCUCACAAACCCGAAACGCUGUCAGACAACAACCCACUCAUCAGGAAAAUCGUGGGCACCCGCCGACAUGUCUCGACGGACAAUAUUCUGGAGUACCGCGUCGAGAUCGACCCUACGCAGCUUGUCAGGCUCGCGGAGUUGGGCAUCAAAGGAAAGCAUCGAGAACCGCAGGGAGGUCAUAGAGACGAAAACGUACCUGACUACGACGAUCUUCUACCCGUCAGUUCUCAGGGUGGAUCGCAGCCAAAGAAGGCAGGUCCGAAGAAUCCGCCCCCAGAACCGUGCAGCGUCAUGCGAAGUUGGGUAGCAGCAUCAAUCAUGCGCCAGGUCCACCCUAGGCUCGUCAAGGAGUUUGAAUCCGCGGAGGCAGCGAAACAGGCCAGGAAGAUAGGAGGCAAGCGCAAGAGACAG